UCACUGCGUAAUCCUUCUUUUAUUUUGAUCCUCCAAAAACAUGCCUAAAAAUUGUUUGGCAGGGAACAAAAGCAUCGCACAUUUGACGUUUAGAUCGGGGUAUACAGUACUGUAGUGGACUUUUCCCCCUUUUCCCGACCUACCAUGUCGAAUAUAUUUCAAAUCAAAUCUUUAUAUAAAUAAAAAUCCAAAAUUUACCUGUACUCUUGCCGUGCUUUAGAGGAUAAAAUCUUUCGGAUGCCUUUUGUACGGAGCAGAUCGGAGCAGACGGGUAAAAAGGAAAAUGAAUUCACCGGACACGCCAAACCUUACUCGUGUGAAGAAGAAUCACAACAGCUCGCUGCUGCAUCCGGCCCGACUCGUCGACCCGGAAGCCGAGCCCGAUUAUAUGAAGCAAAAAGAGUCAAAAGCGGUGACCGGUCUACCCGGUCUCCCUUUCACUCUCUCUCAUACAAGCAGGUCGUUUCUAUUCUAAUGGCAGUUGGCAAGCAUUUAGUAUGAGUAGCAUUUCAGCGUAAUCUCGCUGCAAAACUGGAAUUUUCGGCAACUGAGUCCCCUGUUUCUACUGUAAUCUCACUCUGAGAGAAGACGCAUUUCGUCUCCCUGCUCUCUAGCGUCGUUUAUGUGUUCACACUACCUUUAUCGAGCAUUUUUUACCGAGUUCAAAGAGUUACAUUAGUUGAUCCCAGUUGAUAAUUUGAGUUCAUCACCACUGUGAACAAGCCUGUUGUUAGUUGGAUUAAGAGUAUAUAUCGCGUUAACGAAAUCAUGGGGACCGGAAUAUGUUCUACUCGGGUAUUAUUACCUUUUUGUGAGGAGAGUGGUGAUGAAGAACUGUCUGUUCUUCCAAGGCACACAAAAGUCAUUGUGACAGGAAACAAUAGAACAAAGAGUGUUCUGCUGGGACUGCAGGGUGUUGUCAAGAAGGCUGUUGGACUAGGCGGUUGGCAUUGGCUGGUUCUAAAGAAUGGUGUUGAAGUGAAGCUCCAAAGGAAUGCUUUGAGUGUGCUUGAGGCUCCCACUGGAGAUGAAGAAGAUAAUGAUAAUGACUUUGAUGACUCUAGCAGUGGUUCUGAAGUUGGUGAAAAAGCCAAUCAUCAUUUUUCAACUGGUGGUGUUGAGUAUAGAAAGGUUAGCCAGUCAAGGGUUCGUUACACUCGGCCGUGGGUUCCGCCUACAUCUGCAAAAUCAAUCAGCCGUUGUAGCAACAAAGGUGUCGAAACUAAAUAUUGUCGUGUGUAUCAACAGAGAGUGAACUUCGCAAAAGUAGGAACCAGCUCAUUGUGGAGAUAUUGGCGACACUACAACCUCCAAACUGUAAAUACUCCUAACCCAACCAAGGCUCAACUGGUCAGUGCCGUCCAGCGGCAUUUUGCUUCGCAGCGAGUUGAUGAGGUGCAAGUGGUGGUGGAGUUCAUCCGCGCGGCAAAGAGACUGAGAUCAGCUCACCUGCACUGAGAUUGAUUGGGUUAAGACUCGUGUGAUUGGAUUCAAUAACAUAUUUAUAUAUGGAUGCACCCGGGUCGGUCAUGGUUCCGGGCUGAGACUGCCCGGUCCAAAAAAAUUGGUUUGGUUCGGGUCAGAACCGCUUUUUUCUGGGUCUGGGCUGGUUCCGGGUAUCCGGCUGUUAUUUUUUUUCUUUUUUGGCAAGACUGAAGCCUAAAAAAGGAAUCCAGGUCGGGAUGGAAACCAAGAUUGGAACCGCCCGGUUCGGUCCCCAAAACUGUCAAAAUAAAUGUCAUCUAGUGUUUAGGUAGUCGAGACGAAAUCGGGCAAGAACGUUGGGUCGUUGGGCAUUGAUCAUUUGAUUGCUUGUUUAUAGUGUAUUUGUUUUUAAAAAUUCACUUUAAUCAAGUUAAAUAUAUAUUUGCAUAUUACAUGGUUAACGACUUUUGAGGCCCGUUAUGAGUGUCUAAAUCUACUCAUUGAGCUUUUGUCUAAGGCUAGUCCUUUUUUUGAUUUGAUUGUAAUGAUGUUUGGUUUGGUAAUUUGAAGGUAAAUGAUUUCCAUCCAAUAUAAUUCACUAAGAGUGUGUUUGAUAAACGGCCCAUUAGUCAUUUUUUUGACUCUUGAAUAUGUGAAACAGCUAUUCCAUUUGUCCCAUAAUUUUUUUUUUGGUUUGACUUGGAUGAAGUUUAAGGGGAAUGAUGAGAUUAAGGGAGGUGUCUUCAAUAAUGAUUUGAAUGGAUUUUUAAAGAUUGUGGAUUUCAUGGAUUUUCAUGGAAUUUUACAGAUUUUACAAGACUCUUCUAGAAUAGGGAUGGACCCGGGCCGGUCCGGUUCCAGGUCCGGGCGUCGGGCGGGCUUUUUUUUGCAAAUUCUUGGGCCCGGAACCGGCCCAGGUUGAUAUCGAGUCCGGGCCUAACCGGGUCGGGUCGGGCCCGGUUCAAUGUCUAUUUUUUUUUGAUUUCUUGUUAUCCCCCGACCCCCCACCCUCACCCCACCCUCAAACCUCCCCAUAACACCCAGCUCUACCCUAGGAAAAGAAAAAAAAUUGAAAAACAAAAAAAAUGACCCGAGCCCGGCCUGAACCGGUCCUGAGCCCGGCCCGCCUGACCCGCCCAAACGGGUUAAAAGCUCGGAACCGGCCAACCGGUCCUGGUCCGGUCCGGGCCCGCAUAGUAGCGGGCCGGCCCGGUUUAGUCCAUCCCUAUUCUAGAAUCCUAUGAAUUUCCAUAUGGCAGAAUUAUAUGGAUUUCUGUGGAUUUAGUUCCUUGAUUUGGACGUGCACGGUGCACCGCGUGAACUUCCUUUCACCAAAAACCAGAUCCUUCCCGUAGGAGUACAUGAGUGAUGAGUGAUGUGAUGACUUCCUUGGCUUGCAGCGACGAGCUGACGACAACCACGACAACCACUGGUCAGCAUCGACAUCGCCUCCUUGUCUGGUUAGAGACCAACGUUGCAGACGCCCGCUUAAUCGUCGCCUCCAUCUCAAAUGGAAAUUUCAGAUAGCUACCAUCACCCCGUUUGUCGUCCAUGAAGAGUAUAGUCAGCGACGGAGACUCACCUACGUCUUCCUCCCUUUCGGUGGAAGUAGCGGUCAAUUCCUAACAACUAUGGCGCAAGAAGAAGAGGAGAUAAAAGAAAUGGAGAAGUGCGCGAUGGCUUCCGGAUUUGAAAUCCAAGGGGGUCGAUGGGAUUGUGCGUGGAAUGGUUUGUGCGUUAAUUUGUAUAUGAAAUCCAUCAAAAUCAGCUCAAAUCAAUAAUAUUAAAAAUCCAUGGGAUGGUCGGGGAUAACUAGAUUUCAAGAGUAUAAAAAUCUAUUUUGAGGACACCUAAAUUGUCAUGGAAUUCGAAGUUCCUUUCAAAUCCAAAUUGGGGACAGCCCAGUAAAUUGCAGGGCAUGUUAUACAUGUAUGAUUGUGGUUGAGUAAGAAAAAAAGUAAAUGAAAGUUAGUCAAACAAAACUUUUCAAAAAGGGGAAUGAGAAGAAUUUUUUGAGACAUCCUAAAAAGAUAAAUGAGAAGAAUUUUAAGGGACGAAUAGAGUAUUUAAGUAUUUGCCUAUUUGGUAAACUGUAAACGGAUUUUUGAUUGACUAUUUGCUAUGAAAAAGUAAAAAAUGUAAAGCCACUUCAAGUCAUUUUUCCAUAACGGUUUUAUGAUAUUAUUAUUAUUAUACGUAGUUCAUUAGAAGUUUAAUAUACCCUGCAAUUUAAUUCACAUCAUUUAUCAUUGGGAAAACUGUCAAAUCAGUCGAUCUACUACGUCGAAAAAGUCAAUUGAGUCAACGUACUAUUUUUUCAACCAAUUAAGUCUAUCAAGUUACAAAAAAUGACCAAUUUUGCCUUUUAUCCGGUGACCGACCGGUUUCCUAGCUUGUCAAUCUGCCUACAUGGACAUCCACGUGGCUUUUUUUGCCUUGAAAACGCUGAUUUGGCUCGUCCAUGUGGCAUUCGAGCCUCCUUCUCCUUUUCCCUGCAACUCUUCAUCUUUCUCCCCCUUUUCUUCUUUCUUAUUCUCUUCGUCUCUUGCUUCUUCUUUAUCUUUUCUUUCUUUAUACUCUUCUCUUUUUUCUUGCUUCCUCCCUUCUCUACCUCUCCAUCUUUCUAUGCUGUCAACCCCGUCGAGCUCUGCCGCCGCUGUCACCAUCGGCGUCAAGCUCCGCCACCACCUUCCCCGUCGCCGUCUGGUUUCCAUCGAAGAAGAGCAAGGGUUUUCGUUGGGUUUCCGCCGGGUUGCCUUCUCUGGGCAUGGAAUGAAAGAAGGUGGAUAGAAGGUUGAGUGGAGAAGAAGAGAAAGAGGAAGAAGAAAUGGAAAGAAAAGGGAAAGGAGAAGGGGGCGGGCAAGAUUGCAAGAGUGAAGGGAGGAGGAGGUUGAAUUGGGUGUGAGUGUGGGGUAGAAGCAGUGGAGAAAAAGAUGAGAUUGAAGAAUAGGGGAGAAGGAGUUGUAGGGAGAUUGAAGAAGAAGGGGAAAAAAGAAAAACAGGGAACGAAGAAGGGGGGGUUGCCGGCGGCCGAUGAAUAAGGGGGACGACGAACCAGAGGAAAAAAGGGAAAAGGAAAGAAAAUUAAAAGAGAAAAGAAGGGAAAAAGAAAAGGGAAAAAAAGGAAAAAGUAUAAAACAAAAGCUUAGGUGACAUCCACGUCAGCAAUAAAAAGGGUCACCGGUUGUUUAACGGUCAAAUGACAAAUUGGUUAAAAUUUGAGACUUUGUGUACCCAAUUGAUUGAUAAAAUAGUACAUGAAAUUAAUUGACUUUUUAAAGAUAGUACGUAGACUAAUUUGACAGUUUUUCCUUUAUCAUUUAAUAAUUACUACAUAUUUAAAAACUGAUAUACAAUUACAUGUGGUGAGCAUGCAGUCAUUCUACGUGAAUGACUUCAAUUUUCUUUUAUGGGAAGAAUGGAAUUCAUAAUUAGGUGAACUUAUUCCAUCACCCUACGUUUCAGAUUUCUCGUGUGGACAAAAAUACUAGAGAAUAAUGUAGAAAAAACCCAAUAAUAUUACACGUGGGAAAAUGAUGGAUAAAAACGUAACUUAGUAAUUUUUAUUUAUUACAAUUUAUUUUAGAGGAUAAAUUCUACAAUUUGCAAUUACAAUUCAUUAAAUGCGGAUUUCCUUCUGAGAAUUAUUACGAUAUAUGGUCACAAAAUUAUUAGUAGAUAAAUAAACAAUAUAAUAAUGAUUACAAUGUUUUAUUGAAAUUAUUAAAACCAAUAAUCACUCAAUUAACAUGUUAGUACAACACUAGUUUUCGUUAAUGCUACUAUUGCAGAUUGAGGGAUAUUCUAAGUUCUAACACCAAGAAAAGUUUAGCACUAAAAUAUUUGCCCUAAAUAGGACUAAAAUAAUAGGAAAGUUCUUAAAUAGGACUACCCCUAAUUUAAUCCCUAAAUAGGACUAAAUUAGAUAGUAUUCCAAUUCUACCCUUCUCUCCCUAAUCCUAUCCGCACAAUCUCCUUUGCUGUACUUUUCUUUCCUUCCCCAUCCCCUCUCUCCUUCUCCAUCACUUUUCUCCUUCCCCAUCCCUUAUCUUGCAUCUACAACCAUCAUAAAUCAAGAUCUCUAUUUCUAUUUUUUCUCCUCUUCAAUAAUUAGUUCAAUUUUGUUCUGCCGAUCUCGAUUUCUUUAUCUCCGAUUAUUUUCAGUGAUAUGGACGAUGAAUAUUCCCUUCUCCAUUUCCGGCCACCAGUGAGCGGCGAGCGGCGGCAAAUGAUGAGCGGCCACCAGUGGAUGACAACAAGGAUCACUAAUGUCAUUAAGAUGGCAUUACCACUACAAGAUGGCACUUGAGUUGUAGUCAUACCAGAUUCAAGACCAGAUCUAAGAUCUAAAUUGAUUGGCUCACCGGAGGCAGCGGUGCCAGAAAUCGUGGUGGCAUCUUGUUGUGUCAACGCCGACCACGACUGCAGCGGCAAUUGAAGGCGGCGGCGAUUGACGGCGGCGGCAACUUGUCUAGGCGGUGGUUGGUGUCGGCGUCCCUUGGAGUCUAUCUCCUGGCGUUGGUUGUGUGAGAGGAGAGCGGAGCAGUGGAUUACAGCUUGCAUUAAAUUAUUAUUCUGCGGAGUAUUUUUAGAAAUCAAUUAGGCUGUACGUUCAUUAAGGGUAUAUAUGUCCACACAUGUAUUUUUACUCCUAUGUUACUCUAUGGAACCUUGGAGUCCUAUUUUUGCACUUUUAUUAUCUUUUAGUCCUAGAUAGGGAAUUUACUCUUAGCACUACCCAUGUUUUUACUUGGAUUCUUUGUAAUCCUAGAUUAGACUAUAUUAGAC